UUAUAAUUCCCUUUCAUGACAUACGCACGCCCUGUCUGUCAACUUUGAUCCGCUGACAGACGCGUCACGUUAACAGACUCUCUACAACUCUCAUUUUUUCUCAAUUUCUUUUACCAUUUUCUCCCUUUUUCUUCUUCAUCAUUCUCUUUCGUCACGCCCCAACCUCAACCCCCUCUUUCUCUCAACCGAUGUCGCUACGAAGAUCAUUCCUAUCCCGCCGAAUCAACAGCCGAUCCAAGUCGUCCAAGGAUUACACAGCGUUAGAAAAUGUACAAUUCAAAUCGCAUCAAAUUUCCGGUGGUGUUGUGUAUGGAAACGAAGCCGUCGCCGUUGAACCCAACGACAACGAAAACGGAGAAGGUUCUUGGUCUAAUAUGUUGCCGGAGCUCAUAGGAGAGAUAAUCAAGCGAGUCGAAGCGACCGAGGACCGAUGGCCGUUUCGGCAAAGCGUCGUCGCUUGUGGAUGUGUGUGUAAAAAGUGGAGGGAGAUUGUCAAAGAGAUAGUUAAACCUCCGGUUCAGGGCGGGAAUAUCACCUUCCCUUCUUGCCUUAAGCAGCCUGGUCCUCGCGACAAUCAACUUCAAUGCCUCAUAAAGCGAGACAAGAAAAACUCAAUGUUUUACCUCUAUCUUGCUGCUUCUGCAUCAUUUACAGAGAAGGGUAAGUUUCUGUUGGCAGCACGUAGAUACAGACACGGUGCUCAUACAGAGUACAUAAUAUCUCUUGAUCCACAUGAUUUAUCUCAAGGAAGCAAUGCUUACGUUGGUAAACUGAGCUCUGAUUUCCUGGGGACAAAGUUUACACUAUACGACAGCCAGCCUCCCCACAACACUGCAAAACACUCAAACAGCAAGUCAGCACGCCGUUUCACUAGCAAACAAAUCAGCCCCCAAGUGCCAGCUGGCGGUAAUUUCGAGAUUGGUGAGGUGUCAUACAAAUUCAACCUCUUGAAAUCCAGAGGUCCAAGAAGAAUGGUAGCAUCUUUAGCCUCUCCAUCACCAUCAUCAUCAUCAUCAUCAUCAUCAUCAAAUGAAGGUUCAGAACAACCCAAGCUGAGAAAAUCAAAAUCUGUGGGUGUUGGUGUUGGUGUUGGUCAGAUUUUAUUGAGGAAUAAAGCGCCAAGGUGGCACGAGCAUUUGCAAUGCUGGUGUUUGAAUUUUCAUGGGAGGGUGACAGUGGCGUCUGUGAAGAAUUUUCAGUUGGUGGGGACGAUGGACCCGAGUCAACCGGGAGGGAGAGGUGAUGGGGAGACGGUUUUGCUUCAGUUUGGGAAGGUGGGGGAUGAUAUGUUUACUAUGGAUUACAGGCAGCCAUUGUCUGCUUUUCAUGCGUUUGCUAUUUCUCUCACCAGUUUUGGAACCAAGCUUGCCUGUGAGUGA